AUGUACGACCUUGUUGUCAUCGGAGGAGGUUCCGGUGGUCUCUCUGCCUCCAAGGAGGCGGCUCGCCUCGGAGCGAAAGUGGCCGUGCUUGAUUUUGUGUACCCUACUUUCUACGGCACAAGGUGGGGGCUCGGAGGAACCUGUGUUAACGUUGGAUGUAUCCCAAAGAAACUUUAUCACACUGCCGCGAUCUUUGGGCAUCACAUUGAAGAGGCUGGACACUAUGGAUGGGAAGAUAGCAGCCGCCCUGGCAUUCCGCUGGAGGGGAAGGGGCACAAGCAUGUCUGGGAAAGGCUGAGAGAAAAUAUUCAGAAUCACAUCCAUGAGCUUAACAAUGGAUACAUUACCGGCCUGAGGAGCGCUAAGGUCCAGUAUAUCAAUGCCAGGGGCAGUUUCAAGGACCCCCACACUAUCAUCUGUGACGCUACCUGCCCGACCUGCGACGUCGUCGGCGAUCGCAAGACAGAAAUCACUGCCAGGAGGAUUAUCAUUGCCGUAGGUGGCCGACCCCAGUACCCCAAGAUCCCCGGUGCCAAGGAGUACAGCAUCACCUCCGACGACAUCUUCUCUUUGCAGAACCCUCCUGGCAAGACCCUUGUAGUGGGCGCUAGCUACAUCGCGCUCGAGUGUGCUGGAUUCUUAACUGGAUUGGGUUACGAGACCAAAGUCAUGGUCCGCUCCGUCGUUCUCCGAGGAUUCGACAGGGACUGUGCUGAGCGCAUCAAGGACGACAUGAUCAACACAGGAACAAACUUUAUCGAAAGCUGCAUCCCCCUAGGGAUCGAGCUGCUCCCCGACGGCAAGCGUCUCGUGACCUACGAGAAUGUCAAUUCCAAGGAGAAGUUCCAGGAGGCGUUCGACACCGUCAUGUUUGCUAUCGGCCGCGAGCCCUUGACCAAGGAGCUCAACCUUGAAGCUGCCGGAGUGAAGGUGGCUGAGGACAAGAAGAUCUGGACAUGGAAUGAGCGGACGACUGCCCCUCACAUCUACGCUCUUGGUGACGUCGCUCACAAGGUUCCUGAGCUCACUCCCGUGGCUAUCAAGCAAGGGCUCAUGCUCGCCAAGCGCAUCUGGGGCAACAGCAAGCUCCUCGUCAACUUGGACCAUGUGCCAACGACUGUCUUCACGCCGUUGGAGUAUGGAAGCAUCGGCUUCUCCGAGGAGCGUGCCAUCGCGACCUUCGGGGAGGACAACAUCGAAGUCUAUCACUCGGAGUUCACUCCUCUCGAGUACACGGUCCCGCAUAGGAGGUCGAGGUGCUACGCCAAGCUCAUCGUCAACUACCUUGACAAGCAGCGUGUCAUUGGCUUCCACUACCUCGGGCCCAACGCAGGAGAAGUGACGCAGGGCUUCGCGUCCGCCUUCGUUGCGGGACUUUCCUUAGACGAGUGGAACCUCGUGGUCGGCAUUCACCCCACCUGUGCCGAAGAAAUGGUCAGCCUGCGCCGCACCAAGCGCAGUGGCCUUGACCCGAAGAAAUCGGGUUGCUGA